CUGAUCCGGAGGUGGAUUGAGAAGGUUUUGUGUGGAUCGUAGGACCAUCACCUCCUGUCAAACUGGUUUUCCGUGAGGUCGUCCAAAUGGCAGCAAAGGACUACAAUCAUCUCUUCAAACUGCUCAUCAUUGGAGACUCCAAUGUGGGGAAGAGCAGCCUGUUGCUGCGCUUCGCAGACAACUCCUUCUCUGGAAGUUACAUCACCACCAUCGGUGUUGAUUUCAAGAUCCGAACUGUGGAUCUGGACGGGGAACGUGUCAAACUGCAGAUUUGGGACACAGCUGGCCAAGAGAGAUUCCGAACCAUCACCUCAACGUAUUACAGAAACACCCACGGCGUCAUUAUUGUUUAUGAUGUCACCAAUCCAGAGUCCUUUGUAAAUGUUAAGAGGUGGUUAAAUGAAAUAUCCCAGAACUGUGACAGCGUCUGCAAAAUCCUGGUGGGCAACAAGAACGAUGACCCUUCCAGGAAACAGGUGGAUACCCAGGAUGCUCUGCAUUUUGGGGAGUCUGUUGGGGUUCGGAUGUUUGAAACCAGUGCUAAAGAGAACAUCAAUGUAGAAGAGAUGUUCAUGGCCUUCACUCUCAUGGUGCUGCGGGCCAAGAAGCAGAGUCAGAACCGAGCUGAGAGGGAACGAGAGAAAGACACAGUCAACAUCAACGCACACAGAGAUCGAGGGCGCCGGAAGAAAGCAAAGAAAUGCUGCUGAGACGCCUCAGUGCCACCGCCUCUUUAGCAAAAGUGUCCACGCCUAUCUGUGUGUGCACAUCUGAGCAUAUGUGUCAGAAAAUAUGCACUUCCUUUUUCCCAAUACAUCAUUUGCAGGUUUAAGACGUCAGCCUGUAAUGCCUUGCUCAAUGAACUAAAGGACUGUCCUGAGUUUUAAAACAUUUUAACUCAGUAAGUAUUGUUGUAGUUUUGCGCAUUUUGGCCUGAUGAUAAUUUUGUUCUGCGCAAACUUCACACCAGCUAAUCUUUUCAGUGAGCUGCUCUGUGGUUUCUCUCACCCUGCACAUUUUCAUUGACCUCUGACCUUUCGUGUAGCAGUACCAAGUUAAAAUGAAGCCCCAACCGCCAGCCCUGUUAAAUUCAAAUGCAAAAGUGGAAACGGGCAGUUCUUAGAAAGCCCGCUUGAGGCAGGCAUCAAACGGGGGUUGCUUCCCAUAGACCCCCAUGUUAAAAUGCCCAAGUUUAGGACAAAUAAGCAUGUUUACAGUCUGGUAUAAACCUUGCAGGGGUGGUGGCUAAGCGGUUAAGUGCGCCUGUUUUCUGUGCAGAAAGUUCCUGGUUCAUGGACACCCCUGCCCAUUUGUUGUGUAAUGUGGAUUUGGGUCAGAAGGGCAUCCGGUGUCAAACUUGUGCCAAAUCAGCAUGCAGAUCCACCUCUGAUCUGCUGUGGUGACCCCGUGUGAAAAAAGGGAGAGGCUGAAGGGACUGUUUAUACAGCCUCAAAUAUUGAGGUGGGGGGGACUGUUGUGGUCUCUACAUCUAGUUUGUCGCCUUCAUGAUAACUACAGGAGGGACAUUUUUUUGUUUGUUUUUUAAAUAACACACCAGCUUAAGAUAUUUUAAGCCAUAAAGUUAUGAAUAAUUGGGUCGCUUUGAUUGACAGGUGUGUGCAUCAGUGGGCCCUAUUUACAGCUCCACUAGCAGUGGGUGCUAGCUGUUGUGGCUUGACUGUGUGUGUCCUGUCUGAAGAUUUUAUUCUAAAUAUCUGUAAUAAUAUGGUUUGUUGUACGGUUAAUUAUCCUAACUGAUCUUCUAAGAAGUCUGUGCUGCAGUAUUUCUGCUGAGUGAAAUUUUCAUAUUAUUUCACAUGUAUGUUAGCACUGUUAGCUUGGUGAUGUUAGCGCUGCCAUCGCUCCACAGUUACUGAAGCAAUAACUCAAUCAUAAUUGUUAAUACCCACAUCCAAGCCACCCAUCAUGAGCACCACCACCCACUCCACGAAAAUAUGUGUUAAUGAAACACAGGAAUCAAGGGUUGCUUAUUAAACUUAGCUUGUUCAGUAACUCUUGGUCAUGUUCGGUCUGUGUUCAUGGAGCCACGGUCAUGCACAGUCAUGCCCGCUAUGGAUAAAACAUAGAAGUGAACUAAAAAAGUAAACGUUAAAAACGUGUGGUCCGUUGAAGAUAAUUUAGUGAUUCACCGUCACGGCUGAGGAGCCUUUUCUGACUCGAGUGUUAAACCUUUGACGGAUCUUUACACUUGUACUAAACCAUAACCACUAAACAAUGUGAUGACUGCAGUGAAAUAUGAGUUAUGACAAAGUCGUUACAUAAUGAUAUGGUGCAACUUUAUCACAAUCUGAUCAUAAUGUUUCAGUUAAAAAAUACUUUUUCAUUUUUUCAAACUGAUGUAGCACAUGAACUGCAAUACAUCCAGAUGUAUU